AUGGGUGUGGAUUAUUUCAUGAGGUGGCGAUAUGCACUUCUACUAGGGAUACUCAUUUCAUUUGUGCCAAAUAUAUGUCUUUGUGAGACGCUUGAAGACACAACUUCAGCGGUAGAAUAUAGCGUUAGUAUCAGCAGUAGCACUAGUGUAGGUAGAGAUAAGCAAAUCGAAGCUGAAGAUGACAGUCAUUCGUCAGAAACAGCGGCUAUUUUGGACAUAGCGAAUCAUUCCAGGGAGGCGUUAACACAAGAGGCAAAUUCACCAGAAUCGGUGGUUUUUAUAGGGGAUACGUCGGAUUAUGUGCCUGGGACUUCAUUGAGAGCACGAAAUCAGGACGAUCCAGAAGUUGGCAUUGAUUGGGAGCAUCCCUUGGAUACCUGGGACAGGGAAUACAGGAGGAUAAGAUUCAACAAUACCAGAGUCCAACGUGAGAAACAGCCAUAUCAAAUUCAUAAAAUCAAUUAUAUAUUUUCAGAUAUCGAAGCUGAAUGUCAAGACGAUUAUAUGAAAAUUCGAGUUGGAUUCAACGGAAGUUUCACUGGACUUGUCUAUUCAGCAGGUUACGCUUAUGAUCCCGACUGCAUGUAUAUAAAUGGUACAGGCCGAGACUAUUAUGAAUUUUUCAUUCAAUUGAACAGAUGUGGGACACUUGGAAAAAAUACGCAUACUGAAGAAAAUAAGAAGACGCCCACAUACAAUCCACUUAUAGAAGAAGAAUUCGACGAGCACUUCAAAGUUACCUGUGAAUACGGAUACGAUUUUUGGAAAACAGUGACCUUUCCGUUUCUAGACGUAGAAGUAGCAACUGGAAAUCCGGUGGUUUUCACUUUGACUCCACCAGAGUGUUACAUGGAAAUUCGUUAUGGAUAUGGGACUGCAGGAAACAGAGUUACAGGGCCUGUGAGAGUUGGAGAUCCUCUUACACUCAUUAUCUACAUGAGAAGCAAAUAUGAUGGAUUUGAUAUUGUCGUGAACGAUUGCUAUGCUCAUAACGGAGCAACAAAGAAAAUACAGCUCAUAGACGAGUAUGGAUGUCCAGUGGAUGAUAAACUGAUAUCGAGGUUUAGGGGUUCGUGGACAGACGCAGGAGUGUUCGAAACACAAGUUUUUGCCUACAUGAAAACCUUCAGAUUCACUGGUUCACCUGCACUUUACAUCGAAUGUUACCAAAUGGAUCCUCACAGUGUCUGCAUGAAGACAGGAUGGUUCUCUGCCCUUCUGGCUCUAGGUGGUGGAGCCAUGUGCUUGUUAGGUGGAGCCCUUUUAGCGACUUGUUCCAGAAUGAAAAAGGUCUCCAUUGACAAGGUACUGGCCAGUACCCAGUUCAACGGAUAUAUGAAUCAUAGGGGCAGCAUCAAUUGA